CAUAAGCCCUUGUGGAAAGAUGUGUGUGUUUGUGUGCACACAACACAGCCCCUGGGGGUUGUUUAUUGACUAAAUAGGUCCAUUAUAAAAGGCCUCUGAGGAGGUCCACAUUGGAGGGAUGGAGAAGACAGGAAGCAGCAUCCACAGAAAGGCCAGUGCCCACCAGCACAAGGCCGAGGUGAGGAUCGCCGGUGAACAGCUCAGGCUGCGGCUCCACGACUGCAAACUGAUCAAGGAUCGGCGCUAUCACCUGCGCACCUACCCCAACUGCUUUGUGGCACAGGAACUGAUCGAUUGGCUGAUUGCCCACAAGGAGGCGCCAGACCGCAGCUCAGCUGUACGUGUAAUGCAGUUCCUGAUGGACCAUGACAUUGUGCACCACGUUUGUGACAAGCAAUCAACGUUUAAGGAUGCCAAACUGCUGUACCGAUUCCGGAAGGACGACGGAACCUUCCCCUUCAACAUGGAGAUGAAGGUCUUCAUGCGCGGCCAAAGGCUUUAUGAGCACCUGGUCUCUGGGAAGAACUCCAUCUUGCAACAGCAGGUAGAGCAGGGCGGGGUCAACCGGCGUGUCUUUGCUGGAUGCCAGCUGAUUGACUGGCUGCUGCAGAACGGGGAGGCUGACUGCCGGCGUCAGGGCAUAGAAUUGUGCCGCGCCCUGCUGGAGCAUGGUAUCAUCCAGCACGUGGAGAAGAAACAUCACUUCUUUGACAGUCCCCUGCUCUACCGGUUCUGCAUCAACUUCCGCCGACAGCGAAGGCUUGCCGAGUUGCUGAGUGAGGGUGGGGCAGGGGAGGCGUCACCAGCGGAGAAUGACCCCCUCGACAGCCCCUUUGUCCUGCGCAAAACGCCUCCAGAGGAGGAGAAAUCCAGCUUCUUGUCUGUGCAACCCAGUAAGGAGAUCAGGGUAACAUCUACUGUCCAUCGGGGGGGAGUGACCUCGCAGCAGAUGACUCAGGAUGGGUAUUUCCCCCCCUCCCCACUGCUCCCCCUUCCUCUCACCAGGUGCAAUCCCAAAUCAGUUCUGAAGAGGAGCGUAACCCGUGAGGAGCUCAUGUGUCCUGGCGCGCCCUUUGUUAGGAAGGUUCUAACGGUGAGCGACAAUGCCCAAGUGCAUGUGGUGGGCGACGCUGUGGGCUGGGGAUUUGUGGUGCGCGGAUCGCCACCCUGUUACGUCCAGGCUGUGGAACCCGGAGGGCCCGCGGCCACCGGCGGGGUGAAGGUGCGGCAGUUUAUCAGCCAGGUGAAUGGCCGCUGUGUCCUCCACCUUGACUACCGUGUCGUCACCAGGCUGGUCAUGAUGGGCCCGCGCACGGUUGUGCUGGAGGUGAUGGAACCGCUGGACUGAACAGAGCCAUCAGCCAUAAAUAAGAAUCACAUAAGAAUGUCUUCAGGAACUUUCUCUUAUAGUUUGUCAUGUUCCAUAGUAAUGUUCUUGGGUGGUUAUGGC